CCUCCACACGACCGUGUUCGUGACCUUUAAAGGCCAGAAUUUUUUAUUCUGCUCCUUGCAUUCUCAAUUCUACUUGCUUUUCUUGCCUUGUUGAUCAUUCUAAACCCAUUCAAUUUGGUCAUAUCAAUCGCGUGCUUAGAGGCCACGUCCAGCACGCGGUUCUGAUACCCGCGUUGAAGAACCUUCACCUCCCAUCUCAACAUCUGGCACGAGUCUGCCAUGAUGGAUUCAUCCCCGAGCAAGAUGAAUAUUCAGCCAAAUCUAUCACCUACGUCAGGUGUGAAGCGUCCGGCUCCCACAUUGUUGCCAGCCUUUGAGCCAUUCUCGUCCUCCCCAGGUCUCCCAAGACCGUCGAAGAGACAGGCGCGAUCCUCUCCCUCAGAACGCGAGCAAGCUAUCCAGAAGUACCCUACCCCGAUACCAACCUCAACCACAGGCGUCCUUUCGUCCUCUCCACCACAAAUACAUGCACAGCCGGGUCUCCACCGAGCUCCUUCUGUCUCGGAGCGGGCUCCCCUUUCUGCAGUACCCUCAAUUACGCUCCCUGAAAAUGGAGAGACAAUUCUCAUGGGCAGAUCCAGCAACUCUUCGCAUUACCAAUUGUCUGCCAACCGUCUAAUCUCCCGCGUUCACGUCAAAGCUCGCUAUAUCGCGGCAACUGUUCCUCUCGAACCGAAUAAGGUAGAGAUCAUAUGCUGUGGCUGGAAUGGAGUUAAGCUGCACUGCCAGGGUCGAACUUGGGAAUUGGGAAAGGGGGACAGCUUCACUUCGGAGACUGAACACGCGGAGAUCAUGCUGGAUGUCCAGGAUUCGCGUGUAUUGAUCGCGUGGCCGGGGAGGGGCCGUAAGGGCUCAAUCAGUGUCCAGACGGACUCUUCUUGGGAUGAUGAGAAUUCUCCAAGGGGCGCUUCCGCGAUCAAUGCUCACGGUCAGGUAAUCCACUCAAGCCCCAUACGACGUGGUCAACGUCUCGAAUCUCCGGUAUCACCCACCCCUGCCGGCCCAGCUAAUAACUCGAACUCCCUAUCUCACCUAUUCUCUGACGACGAAGAGCCUGUUGUGCAAAUAUAUGAAGAUGAAAAUCCCUCCGAAAAUAGCCAUGAUAUCGCAGCAGGAGUUUCGCAAAUCUCGACUCAGCCUGCAUCGUCGUUCUCAGCUGAUCCUAUUGAUAGCCAGUCCAGUGAACUGAGCGAUCCCGAGGAAGUAGAAGAUCCAGAUGAAGAAAAUGAUCCUAUUGUGCAUUCUUUCGGACCGUUCGGCGCCAACAUAUCCUCUCGAAUGGCAUCUUUCACUACCGCUGCAUCCCCAGAAGCGCGCCGUGGUCGUACGAGACGUGAUUCCACACCCUCUCCAGCAAAGAGAUCCAGCUCGGAAUCCACAAACAAGGCCGAUCCUGGCCCGGUCGCCAACCAUGCUGUCAAUCAACUCGCCUUCUCACGACUCUCAUCCACUCCACUCUCAAUAAUUAUGAACAACCUGCCGGCAGAACUGAAAGGAGCCAGUGCCACCCAAUCAGAGAAUAGGGGCCUGACAAAAGAUGAUCUGCGGAAGAUAUUGAACGCUACACCAUGCAUUGGAGAGAUACACCGCGAAGGAAAGGACGCAGCAGGAAAGCCACUCGAAAGCGAAUACUAUUAUAUUCCCGACGAAGACACAGACGUUCAGCGAAGAGCAACUGUUGUGGAUGGAUUGCGGAAACCGAGUUUGAGAAAUUGCAGGAAACAACAUAAGCAAUACUAUUGGAAGAGACCGAAAACACCAUGAGGAAAGUGGUUGGCUUGGUACAUACCUCGUUGGAUUUUGUAGAAGAAGCUUUAGCAUAUGGUUAUAGUAGCAUGCUCCUUAUUUGUCCAUAGUCAUACCCGGAAGCAUAUGGCGAAAGGCGUCUCUGAUUUCGUUAUCUUCAUUCUCAAGCCACCAUGGUUGGCAUGGUUGGAUUGAGAAUGAGGAGCUCUAGCUAUACCUUUGUAGGAAAAGGCGUUGUACGGUAGUCAGAAUAAAACGUGUCAAAUAAUGUC